CUUAUAUCGUCAACUAACUAAAUCCAUAUCUUCUGCUUCCUCUCUUCCCCGGCUCGGUCCCUGAAGCGCUGGUUUCUGGGUCUUGAAGCCAAUUAAAGUUGCUUCCUUUCGAUAAUACCAAUGAGGACAUGUUCAGUUUCCGGGUUCAACACUCUUAUCCCUAAACCAAGACUAAAGUUAAGGAACAGAAGCAGUUCGCUGUCCUUUUCCUCCACUGCAUUACAACAAGUCCUCUCUCAGACAAGCUUACCCCUUGUCCUUGCUCCUCCCCGUGCUUCUUCUCCACUAGCUGUCUCAAGCCACCUCUCCCCAUCCGACAUCCCUCAGAAAUCAGAAGAAUGGUUCGCCUUAAGGAAAGACAAGCUGACCACGAGCACAUUCAGCACAGCGCUCGGCUUCUGGAAGAAGAACCGCCGCUCCGAGCUCUGGCACGAGAAGGUGUACGACUCGGAGUCGCCGCGAGUGGUGGAGGACUCCGCGAGGUUUGCGAUGAACUGGGGUGUGCAGAUGGAAUCGGCUGCGAUAGAGAGGUACAAGAGGAUCAUGGGGUGCGAGGUUGGCUCGAUGGGGUUUGCUCUUCACUCACAAGAGCAGUUUCACUGGCUUGGUGCUUCUCCGGAUGGGGUUCUCGAUGUUGGGAUUCUGGAAGUGAAGUGUCCGUAUAACAAAGGGAAGACGGAAACGGUCUUGCCUUGGUCCAAAGUGCCGUUCUAUUACAUGCCUCAGAUGCAGGGCCAGAUGGAGAUAAUGGACCGUGAGUGGGUGGACUUGUACUGCUGGACGCUGAACGGGAGCUCUGUGUUCAGAGUGAUGAGAGACAGAAGCUACUGGAGGAUCAUUUACGAGGUGUUGAGGGAGUUCUGGUGGGAGAAUGUGAUUCCUGCGAGGGGGGCUUUGCUGUCAGGGAAGGGUGAUGCAGAGGUGAAGAAGUAUGAGCCGACGUCUACGCAUAAGCUUACUGGUCUUGCUAUAGCUAAAAGCAUAAGUUUGGCUGCGGAAUCAAAACUUGUUUGCAGAGAAAUAGCUGAUCAUGUCGAGUUCUUUUAGAAGUCUCGUUAUAGCUUUUGAUUCUUGAACUGAUGAAUAAUCUCGUCAGUUAUGAAAACUGGUUAAGGAUUAUGUAACAUAAUUUAAUCAGAUAAAAGGAAAUUAAAUAUCUGGA